AUGUCGCUUCAACAAGCCAAAAACGCUCUCGUGUCGUCGCUUUUUGAACUUUCCAAUGCCGCCAAUGAUGCCGCUGCUGCAACUGUCAAUUUUUACAAGAUUGCAGGUAUUGAAGGCGUAGAAGCUUCUGCCUUGUCUUUUGCUAACUUGGGUGAAACCAUGAACAAUGCUGUCAAAGCAGUCACUGACUCUAUCCCAGAUGCUUCCAAGGCCACUCCAGGAAGUCCCAAGGCAGGCAAAAAGACCGCUGCUGCGGACGCCUCUGGCGACGCCGAUGAGAAGGUCAAGCCAAAGAAAAAGCGUGCACCAAAAGACCCAAAUGCUCCAAAGAAGCCAUUGACUUCCUACUUGAGAUUCAACCUUAGUGUUCGUGAGGAAAUGAAGAAGGAAAGAUUUGAGAAUGGCCAACCAUGCCACCCAGCCAUCGAACUUAACCAGAUCAUUGCCGACCGCUGGUCUAAAUUGAAGGAUUCGGAAAAGGAGAAGUUGCAGAAGGCCUGGGAGGCUGACUACGAGGAGUACAAGAAGGCCAUGGAAAAGUACAACGCUUCCAAGGCUGAAGGCGAGACUGCUGCUGCCGCUGAAGAAGAAGCUCCAGCUUCGCCUAAGGUGGAAAAGAAGCCUGCUCCAAAGAAAAAGAAGGCCAAGAAGGCCGCAGAACCUGCUCCUGAUUACUUUUCGGAACCCGCAGAAGAAGCUGACGAAGCUCCAGAAGAAGAUGAAACCGACACAAAAACUGAAGAGGCACCUGCCCCAAAGAAGUCCAAGAAGAGAAAGGACAAGGACGCGGAUGAAAAGAAAUUGAAGAAGAAGAAGUCUCACGAAUAA